AUGCUGAGCAAUAAUCAGAGCCGGGAUAAGGCCGAACUUUUGCAAUACCGCAGGAAAGACAUCCUUUUGCUGGAAUCUGUCCAACGUAGGGCUACAAGAAUACCGUUUGGUAGAGUACGGCCUCAAUACCAUGAAAGACUCGCAAUAAUGAAAAUUCUAACUUUAUCAAAUAGACGCGUAAGAGGUGAUCUUAUCACGACAUUUCAAGCCAUGUCCAAUAAGUCGUCUCCGAUACACAAGCUCUUCAUACUUAGUGCACAUACUCUUACUAGAGGACAUUCUUUUAAAUUGGCUAAAGAAAAGUUUAAGACUACGGUAAGGCAGCACUUCUUGAGUAAUAGAGUUUUUCAGCAAUGGAAUUCUUUGCCGGAAGAAAUAGUCACUCCCAAUAGAAAUAUUGGGUACUUCCCACUAACACGACGGCGCGGGCAUAACAGGCGUAGACCUCUGCCCGAUCGCCUAACAUAA